AAUAAAUUGCCUUGUUGCUGAAAAAAAAUCAUUAAUUAAUAGCAUUCAUUUUAUAACCUUUUUCCACUGAUACUGCUUGAAUGUUUCCAAGAUUUUAUUGCAGAUUUCCAGCAAUGCAGUAGUUUGCUUUUCAAGAACCUCCUGCCUAUCAAAGUGGGUGGUAAAGAUGUUUUCAGGGAGCCACAAAAGAGCACUCACAAAUAGUGAGUCGGGAGCUUUGUUGCUGAGAGUUCCAGAAUUUAAGGCAAAGUAUUUCCAUAUAAUUGUAAUCCACAGUGAGGCGAUGUCAUUUCCAUAUAAUUGUAAGGUCAAAAUCCAAUAAGUGCAGAUAUAAUAAAUGUGGAACGAACUUCCAGUAGAAGUGGUAGAGGCAGGUUCGGUAUUGUCAUUUAAAGUAAAAUGGGUAGGUGUCUGGACAGGAAAGGAAUGGAGAGUUAUGGGCUGAGUGCGGGUCAGUGGGACUAGGUGAGAGUAAGCGUUUGGCAUGGACUAGAAGGGCCGAGGUGGCCUGUUUCCAUGCUGUAAUUGUUAUAUGGUUAUAUGGUUAAAUCCUUAAGAUAUAGGAGCAGAAUUAAGUCAUUUGACCAUGGCUGAUCCAAUCUUCCUCUCAGCCCCAAUAUCCUGCCUUCUCCUCAUAAACCUCCUUGCCUUGAACAAUCAAGAAUCUAUCAACCUCUGCCUUAAAUAUACAUAAAAACUUGACCUCCACAGCUGCCUAUGGCAAAGAAUUCCACAAAUUCACCACUUUCUGGCUAAAGAAAUUCCUCGUGACCUCCGUUCUAAAAGGAUGCCCCUAUAUUCUGAGGCUGUGCCCUCAGGUCUUAGACUCUCCCACCAUUGGAAACAUCCUUUCUACAUCCAAUCUAUCAAGGCCUUUCACCAUUCAAUAGACAUCACAGAGGGCAGUAGAGCUGGGGAAAUUAAAACAAUAGGAAGACGCAAACCAAUGGAACGAUUCAAACAUGACGACACCUGAAGAUAGUUUCUGAAUCUGAGAAUAUCCCAAAAUUUAGGGCAAUGUUACAAUGGGAGGUAAUGUGGGUUAUGAAGCAUAAAGAUGAGGAAAAAAUUAGAGUUAGUGCUGAUUAGACUACUUGUAGCAGAGUUUAGGUUGAGUUGCCCACUUACAAAGGAAGCAAGGUAGGAGGAUAGAUAAAUGUGUAUGAGGGAAGGCCAUACUAGGUGUAACAGAAGCAUGGUUCAGGACUUCAAGAGUAAAUGGGGUUGAAAUAUAGGUGGAAACUGAAGAAGACUCGAGUUACCAUAUGGGCCUAUAUUGUACUUACAAAAAGAUAAUUAUCCUAUUUGAAUUGUUUUGGACCAUUCUGUUAGGUACCCAAUUGAAAUGGACAAAAUCGUAGUCAUUUUCUUUUAGGCUGAAGUUUAUUUCCUUUGCCUCGCCCCCCCCCCCCACAAAAAAAGAAGAGUUGGCUAUUUUCAUUCUACUACCCUGUCAUUUAUUUAUCCUUCAUGGUGGCACUUCCAUAAUAUCAUGUAUGAAAGGCAGUUUGUAAGCAGUAAGGCUAUAUUUUCUUAUUGAAUUGAUCAAAUACUCUUCUUAUGUCUUUCAUAAGAACAUUAUGAAUUCAGGUAGUGCUAUCGUAAAGAAAAUUGUGCCCAGUUUGGUGAUCUGAAGCUAGGAUUUUGAACAGACCAUCAGUUGUAAAUUGCAACCGAUCUCUGUGCUGUAGGGCAAGGGGAUAAAAUACUUCCACCCCCUUCUCAGAGUAAACAAGUAGCAUGGCAGCACAGAUGGUGCCUUUCAGCUUCAGAGACCUGAGUCCAACCCUGUCCUUGAAAGCUAGCUGUGUGGAGUUUGCUUAUAACUGAAUUAGUUUUCCUCUGAGCGCCCUGGUUUCCUCCCAAAUUCCUAAGCAAGAUGGUAGGUUAAUUGAGUGCUGUAAAUCACCUCUUCCUUGUAGGUUAAUGAUAUAAAAUUGAAAGGCUGUUGUGAUAGGUUUUAAUGUGAUGGUGAGGAAGGUGGUAUUGAUGCUCUAAGUAAACAUUUCUGAAUCAGAAGUGGCAUUUAAAACUUACUUCAGUUUCAGACACAACAAAGACUAUUUUAUCAUGUUGUAUUUGGAUGGGGAUUAGGAGUAGAUCUCUUAAACCCAGAGUUUUUGAUGCAAAUCAAACAGCUUGAUUAACAAUGGAGAUCGUUGGCAAUAAUGGAUAUAGGGCUAGGUGUCAAUGGUAGCCAAUUGAAAGAGUGCACACUUGUGGGUGAGUCAGAUAAAGAAAAAUAAGUGAGUGGUGAAGGAAACAAGGAUAGAAUGUCAUUAAAGACAGUAAAGGAGGGUCUAUGAUUAUUAUCCAUAUAGACUUCAAGAGGUUAAUUGGGAUUACCUUUUGGAACUACAAAUUGAUUGGCAGAAGGAAAUUGGAAAGUGGGAAUAAAAUGCUGAUAAUAUGAUGAGUAGGGUAUGAUGUGGUGUUUCCUGAAGCACUGUUGGACCUCAACGUUGUGGGAUAAAACAGAAAAAGAACAGCAGAUAGCAAAGGAACAUUUAAAUGGGGCUUUGGAGCAUGCAUGCUGUAGUGGUUGCAAGGGUUGAUGACAGGUUCAUCAGAUAUUGGCACUAAACGGAUAUAUAUAUUAUAUGAUAAGUUAGACAUGCAUUUCCAUGACUAUGAGUGGCAAAGUGAUGAAGCUUUUUAAGAUGAUUAAAGAUUCAGUUAAGUACAUGGGGAAGAAAUGGUAAUCUGGUAAUUGGUUUAUUUUUGUCACAUGUACUAAGGUACAGCGAAAAACUAGUCCAGAAUAAAAUGAUUAAGUGUUUUGCAUCAGUCUUCAGUGUGGAAGACAUCAGCAGCAAUUCAAAAAUUCAUGCGUGUCAGUGGUCAGAAGUGGGUGUAGUUGUUAUUAUUGAGGAAAAAUGUUUAGAAAGCUGAAAGGGUUGAAGGUAGGUAAGUCAAGUGGACCAUAUGUUCUACACUCCACGGUUCUGAAAGAGGUAGCUGAAGAGAUUGUAGAGGUACAAGCAGUUACUUCCAAGAAAUUCUAGAGGGCUGGAAAACCACAAAAAUCACUCCACUUUUUAAGAAGGAAGGGAGGCAAAAGAUAGGAAAUUAUAGGUCAGUUAGUCUGACUUCAGCGGUUGGCAAAAUUUUGGAGUCCAUAAUUAAGGAUGAGGCUUUGGAAUACAUAGAGGCACAUGAUAAAAUAGGCUGAAGUCAGCAAAUUUCUUAAUGGGAAAUUCGCUUGACAAACCUGUUGGAAUUUUUUGAGGAACUAACAGGCAGGGUAGACAAUUUACUUGGAUUUUCAGAAGGCCUUGACAAAAUGUCACACAUAAGGUUGAACAAGUUAGGUCUUUAUUCUUUCUUUAUUCAUAGAAGGUUGAGGGGGGACUUGAUAGAGGUUUUUAAAAUUAUGAGGGGGAUAGAUAGAGUUGACGUGGAUAGGCUUUUACCAUUGAGAGUAGGGGAGAUUCAAACAAGAGGACAUGAGUUGAAAGUUAGUUGGCAAAAGUUUAGGGGUAACACGAGGGGGAAUUUCUUUACUCAGAGAGUGGUAGCUGUGUGGAACGAGCUUCCAGUAGAAGUGGUAGAAGCAGGUUUGAUAUUGUCAUUUAACGUAAAAUUGGAUAGGUAUAUUGACAGGGAAGGAAUGGAGGGUUAUGGGCUGAGUGCAGGUCAGUGGGAUUAGGUGAGAGUAAGCGUUCGGCACGGACUAGAAGGGCUGAGAUGGCCUGUUUUCAUGCUGUAAUUGUUAUAUGGUUAUAUAUGAGGCUGAAGACCCCAUGCUAUUUCAGGAAAGAUACUGGACUGGACAGAUUACAGACUAACGUACUUUAUUGAUCCCGAGGGAAAUUGGGUUUUGUUACAAUCGCACCAACCAAGAAUAGUGAAGAAAUAUAGCAAUAUAAAACCAUAAAUAAUUAAAUAAAAAUAACUUAAUCAUGCCAAGUGGAAAUAAGUCCAGGACCAGCCUAUUGGCUCAGGGUUUCUGACACUCCAAGGGAUGAGUUGUAAAGUUUGAUGGCCACAGGUAGGAAUGACUUCCUAUGACGCUCAGUGUUACAUCUUGGUGGAAUGAGUCUCUGGCUGAAUGUACUCCUGUGCCUAACCAGUACAUUAUGGAGUGGAUGGGAGUCAUUGUCCAAGUUGGCAAGAUGUCCAAGAUUAGCCGACUGACUGAAGGAAAAGAACGGAAUAAAGAGGGUCUGUUCUGGGCGGCUGCUGGUGACUAGUGGCAGUUUGCUUGGGUCAGUGUUGAGCUCAUUACUUAUCACAUUAUAUGUUAAUGAUCUGGAUGACAGUUGACAGAAUUGAUGAUUUUGUGGCCAAUUUAUGGACGAUUCAAAGAUAGGUAGAGGGUCAGCAAGCAUUGAUGAAACAGGGAAUCUGCAGAAGGACUUGGAUAGAUUACAAGAAUAAGCAAAGAAGUGGCAAAUGGAAUACCAUGUAGGGAAGUGUAUGGAAGAAAGAAUAAAGGCAUAGACUAUUUUCUAAACAGGGAGCAAAUUCAAAAAUCAGAGGAACAAAGGAACUUGGGAGUCCUAGUGCUGGAUUCCCUAAAAUUUAAUUUGCUAGUAGAGUCAGUAUGGGAAAGGCAAAUGUAUUGUUAGCAUUAAUAACCAGAAGACUAGAAUAUAAAAGCAAGGAUGUAAUGUUGAGAUUUGAUAAGCUAUUGGUCAGAGCACACUUGGAGCAUUGUGAACAGUUUUGGGCUCCAUAUCUGAGGAAGGACAUGCUGGCAUUGGAAAGGGUCCAGAGGAGGUUUAUGGGAAUAAUGCUGGGAAUUAAAUGGUUAAUUUAUGCUGGUCAUAUUGAAUUUAAUGGCUCUGGGACUAUACUUUUUAGACUUUUGACGAAUGAGGCCUACCAAAUAUAGAAACCCUGGAUAAAGUGAACAUCUAGGACCAGAGGGCAUCGUCUCAGAAUGAAUUAUGUCCCUUUAGAACAGAGAUGAGAAGGAAUGUCUUUAGCCAGAGGGUGAUGAAUCUGUGGAAUUCAUUGUCGCAGAUGGCUGUGGACGCCAGGUCAUUGGGUAUAUUUUAAAUGGAGGGUAAUAGUUUCCUGUUUAGACAGGGCAGCAAAGGUUAUGGGGAGAAGGCUGGAGAAUGGAGUUGAGUGGAAAUAUAAAACGGCCAUGACAGAACGAUGGAGCCGACUUGAUGGACUAAUUCUGCUCCGAUGUCUUAUGGUCUUGUCUUGCAUACUGUUCGUACAGUUCAGUUCAUUACAGUGCACGGAGGCAGUACAAAGUAAAGAACAAAGUUGCAGAAUGAAGUGAACUGUGAAGUUACACAGAAAGUGCCGUUAAGGUGCAUAUUCAUAACGAGAUAGGCUGCAAGAUCGAGUCCAGCUUACCGAACCUAGAGGGCCGUUUAUUCUCGGAGGCAUCAGUCGUAAGGGAACAUUAGAGCGCGCACACAAAAAGUAGAGGAGAAUUUUAAAGUUCUCGAAAAAAAACAAUGUGCUGUGAGCCGGAUGGACGUUUCCAUCCAGGAAUAUGGAGCAAUGGCAAGUAAGCGGACAGGAUUUACUGUUCUGUUGCGACCGAAGUGUUGGAAGGAGAGGUCGGAGGCUCGGUCCUGCUUCAGGACCUGUUCGUUCAGGGUAGCGUGGAGCAGCUGAACGACCAAGGACAAGAUAUCAGAACAAUGUUAUUCUCAGCACUUUAACUUCGAAUGCAGUAUACAGCUAUAUUAAGCCAACCAGAAGUUCUAACAUAUUUUAACAACUAACCAGGUACCUCUGAUGAACUGUCACUAUUGGGACGCGCACGGCAGGAUCCCGCGUGGAGCUACGUGCGAAUGACCGGCCGCCACAGGGAGCACCGCCGGCGCAUUCCUACGCGCCCCCUAAAUUCAGGAUCACCUUCUUGUUGUGCGCCGACACUUGAUCCAGGUUCGACCUCCGAGCGUCGCUGGGCGGAUGGGAAGCUGAAGGGGUGGGAGUCGGGAGGAGAGAGGGCGGAUUGGGACCGAGGUGGGAAUUAACGCCAUUCCAGAUCCACAUGAUCCGCUCCGCGUGUUUUUCGCAACAUUUAAAAUCUCUUCUUUAAAAAAAAAGGCACCAAAACAGCAACUGAUGAUCGUAAAGGCGGAGGGAGGUUAGUCUGCUCUGGGAGAAGUCGCCGCGGAGUGGCGGGGGUGCAGAAUGGCGUUUCCCGCAAGGUUGCAGUGAGGGGCGGAGGGGUAGGGGUGGGGGUGGGGUGGGGGGAGGGGGGAAGAGAAACUUUGAGUCGGGUCUGCCAUUUAUUCUCCCGUAACUUGCAGCCGGGAGAGAGUGAGAGAGAAACAUGCCUUUCCCAAAGCGCAUCUGUGAGCCGCUGCUCCUAACUCGCCUGGGCUCCGCCGAGCGGCCCGCAACCUUUGAAGAACUGCCCGCUGUCAGCAACCAUACGCUGGCCCGGACUCUCGGGCAGCUCGCUGAACUGGCCAGGCAUGCCUGUGGGCUCUUCCAGGAGAUCGAAGACGAGGUGCUGCGGAUCCACCGCCGACUCGGUUCUGUCCAGCAGAAGAUCAGCGACAUCUCCGCGGCGGUGACCGCCUUGGACGCGAGACAGGAAACAGUGCCGGUGUCAGACCUGGACAGGGAGAGUAAGCUAACAGUCCAUUUCCGAAUUCCAUGGCAUCAACAGAGAGAUCUACUCCACCCAUCAACCAGACCACAAUGUAUAGAGGAACUUCACCAAUGUGCCAUACAGAAACUACAGUCCCGACACAGAGAUCAUCAGAGGCAAUCUGAAGAGAGAAAAUUAACAAAACCCUCUUCAAUGUUGCCCCCACCACUCCCACUGACACAACAUAGCCACAGGCUCAGAGCACAGAGGAAGCAACGAAUCUCACAGUUUCACAACACUCGUUCAUCCUCCCCUACUGAAUGUUGCCAAAUGACCCCAUGGAGCAGAAAGUCUAUUCCACCAACAGAUGGUGACAGUGACAUGAUCGCUUUAGGCCAGAGAGCGAAAAAUCCUAUACCGAACAUCCCUACAACACUAGACAGGCAAACAAACUGGAGCAAAGAUCUACCUCUUCCUACUCCAGAGCAGAAGAUGCGUCAGCAGGCCCAGGCUAUAUCUUCCUCUGUUAUUCCCAUCAAUGUGACUGGAGUGGGUUUUGAGAGACAGGUCAUUGGCCGAUACUCCUUUGCUCAUCCUCAGUCAGCACUGCAGCGAAGACGGAAGUUAAAAAGGCGAAAAACCAUCAGUGGAAUUCCCAGGCGUGUACAUGAAAUAGGUUCCAAUGAAUCCUCAAUUGGUAAAGAAAGGAAUGUGAUUGUUCACGUUAACCCAAAAUUAGACUGUCACAGCGAUGAAGUGAAUUCUACCAGUGCCCGGUCUGGGACCAAGGACUCAGAGUGCCAGACAGAUGAUAUCCUUAUUGCAGCGCCAUCAGUAAGACGGAUCCGAGCUCAGCGGGGCAGCGGCAUCACAUCUUCCCUGUCACAUUCAGAUGGGAAUAUCACAACUCUGGCUGACGAUUCGUCCCCAAUGUUCCUUUCACCAAUCGACAACCACGUCCGUUCCCGUAGCCUUUCUCGAGACGGUGUCAGAGUUUCUCUGUUAUCUCAUGAAUUAAGUCAGGACAAUAGUGCCGAAAGCAUCAUUAGUGCCGCUGAAAAAUACAUGCCGACCCCAGAAAAGACAGAACAGGAAGACGACAAAGCCAGUUUGUUUAACCAGAGUCUGCAGAAACAUCAUUCAAUAGGUGUGACUGUUCAACCAGAACAAAGCACAGAACACAAAGUCCAGGUGACAAAAAUGUCCAACUUUGUGCCAGAGGCUGACAUGGGAAACAGUGAGAUCUCUUCAAAUUCAGAUACCUUUGGGAGUCCGGUCAACAGCCUCUCUAGCACAGGAGUUAUCUUAAGCAGUCAGAUGGAUCAAAAGGAGGACCAUCAAUCGUCCAGUGGGAAUUGGAGUGGAAGUAACUCAACAUGCCCUUCACAGACAUCAGAGACAAUCCACACUGCAUCCUCACCACCACUGACAAGUUCUUCACACUGUGAUUCAGAACUAUCCUUGAAUACACCAGCCCACACUAAUUAUGAUUCACCAGGUUUCCUUCUGGAGCAGUACACAUAUCAAGGAGACAAAGUUAGAGGUCACAGGGCAAACUCCUUUACUUCCACAGGGACAGAAGUUGUUGAAGAUCUCAAUACAAGUAAUGCAAGUGAUGCGGAAUGGAACUAUUUACACCAUUGCCAUGAUGCAUCUUGCAACCAAGAUUUUAGCCCUAGGCAUUCAAGGACCAACAGCUUAGGGUGCCCAAGUUUUGCCAGUAUGGGUACAUGUGACAGCUUUAUUGAGAGGCCACCCUCUUCCAAAACUGACUCGGGCUCACAUUUCUCUGUGGAUACUGAAGGAUAUUAUACAUCCAUGCACUUUGACUGUGGUUUAAGAACUACCAGAAACUACAUUUUUAACUAUGCAUCCACGGGCUCUGAUGGAAUCCAGAGUACAGAAAAUGCUUCAGAACUUGUUGAGCUCCCUCUACCGGAUCCUUUAGAACUAAGAAAGCAGAAGUUUCGGGGCCAGAGCAUUGCUCUCAAGAAACCAAAGGCAAAACCAGCCCCACCAAAACGCAGUUCAUCUUUGAGGAAAAAUGAAAGUCGUACAAGUGAGAGCUAUCAGAAUGAACCAAAGACAAACAAUGGGCAGGAUGGGACUGUAUCUUACAGAGAUGCACAGAAGUCAUUGCAGCUUGACCUAAGUCUUGCAUCUGACGGGUUCAAAUGUCCAAUGCUACCUAAUGACAGGAAUGUUCCUUGGGAUAGUUGCAGUACAUAUGCAAAUGAUAAUGAGUUAUCAGACCCUCAGUUGACCCCGUCUGAAACACCAUCAUUUAAAGAUGAAAGUGCCACACAAUCAGAUUAUGCAGGCCUCUGGCUCUUGAAUGACUUAAAAUCUAGUGAUCCCUACAGAUCAUUAUCAAACUCCAGUACUGCAACGGGCACAACUGUGAUUGAGUGCACAAAGUCUCCAGAAGGUUCAGAAUCACAAACAUCCCAGUCAGAAUCCCGUGCCACCACUCCAUCCCUUCCCUCCAUUGACAAUGAUUUCAAGCUGUCCUCUCCAGACAAACUGGCAGGUUUGGCAUCACCAUCAAGUGGAUAUUCCAGCCAGUCAGGAACACCAACCUCAAAUUUACCAACACCUCUCUUUCCUGGUCCCCUGUCUCCAAACAGUGGAAAAAGAAAGCCAAAAGUUCCAGAGAGGAGGUCUUCACUACAACCAUCUUAUGCAAGGGAUGCUAAUGUUACAAAGAAAGACCUUGAAUUACCAAUUAUACCUCCAACACAUCUUGACCUAAGUGCUCUUCAGAAUGUGUUUAAAAGCAGGCCUUCUGCUCAAAGAAACCAACUGCAUAUCUCAAAUCAAAGUAAAGGCAGUGAGGCAGCUGAACGGCCCAACAACAGUCCAUCUGUUUCCCUUGCCAUUACCCCAUCAGUGCUACAGUCAGUACAGCUUCGUUCUAUUAGUAAAACCAGACAACCCAGGAAAGAAGGCCAAGAAGAACCUGGCAUAACAGAACCAACUUGUACAGAGCCUGUCACACCACCACAAGGUUAUAAUACAGAUAAAUGCAAUGAAUUUUCCAGUUUACCGCCACAAAAAUCAUCUUCCCCAGAAACAAACACCAAGUUAUUGGAUGUGGAAAGUACUCAUGCACUUCAAGAAUAUAAUCUGAAUGAAGAAAGUGUGACCCCUUUACCCUUGCUCCCUUCAGAGGUAGAAUCAAUAAAAACUAAUGGGAGUACACAGAUCAAAGAGGUUGGAGAUGAUCAAUCAACUGCAACAGCAAGCUAUCAGGCUGUUUACAAUAGCUGCACAGAUAUCAGUGAAACAAAUUUGGUGAAGAGCUCCAUACAAGAAAUAUAUCAAGACUUGAACAGUUCCAAUAAGGAGUUUCAGAACGAGGUACUUGCACAAGAAAUGGGAAGUUACAAGAAACCUGAAAGAGUGCCUUUAUCAAGUAACACUACACCAGAAUCCCUAUCUGCAGCACUAUCAAAACCUGCAACUGUGGAGAAAUUGGAAAGAAAACUUGACUUUGACUCAGUUAGUGAAAAUGAAGCUGCAUCUGCAGGCGUAAUUCAACCAGAAUCAACAGAUGUACAGAAGCACAGUAGGGACAGUGUUGAAGAAAAGACCAAGAGGUCGCAAGAUGGCAGCCCAGAUGCAACAAGAACAGCCGAAGCUCUGUGCGAAACUUCUAGCGAUAGCCAGUACAAAGAUGUGGGACAGGUUGAGAGUUAUUUGGCUUCUGCUAUAGAUCCUCAAACUAAUGAAGAUAACGUAUUCAUAUCACCAAACAAGCUCCGUACAACUGAAGAUCUUUUUGCUGUGAUUCACAGAUCAAAAAGGAAACUACUCGGGAGGAAAGAUUCUGAUGAUGGGCCGAAUGUAAACAAACCAAAAUCAUCUCCUGCCAGCUCCCCUGGAACUCCUCCAUCUGUCCAAAAGCAGCCUGGUCCUAUUUAUAGGAGUGUCCGCAAAUCCAACACCUCAAAGGAGGAGUUCAAACUACUGCUGCUCAAAAAGGGCAGCCGGUCAGAUUCAAGCUAUCGACUGUCAGCAACAGAAAUAUUGAAAAGUGCAAGCCCAGUUUCUCCCAAGUCCCCUGGAGACUUUUCCCUAGACCAGGCUAAAGAUUGUGAGGAUACUUCUCCUUUUCCUUCUGGAUGUGAAAUGCAGUUCCCAAGUUCACCAUACUCUCCGAGGUUUACAACAGAAGGAAUCACUUCCAGGAGUUUCUCCACCUCACUAUUAUCUAGACCAAGCCGUUCUCGGGCGCCACCAGCAGCAGGGAGCAGUCGCUACAGUGCCCGCAGUCGCCUUCACAGUGCACCAAUGCAAGUCAUCUCUGAAGGGGAAACUGAGAACUCAGACGGAAGUUUACAUGAUGAUCGGAGCUCACCCACAUGAUGAUCAGGUGCAGAAUGACUGGGACAGCAACAGUGGUAAAACACACACGAGCAUGCAUGCAGUUCAGUUUAGUGACAUUUAGAUUGAGAGAUUUAUCAAAGCAAAGCAGGUCAUAAACAUUUAAGAAAAUAUAUAAUGCUGCCCAAGUUAUUAACAAAAAAUAACUACUGAAAUAAUAGAUAUCUUCACUGUUUUUCCAAAACUGCGAGUAAUUUGAUCAUCAUAAACUUUGAUUAAAUAUUACCAGAAUAGAUAAUUAAGAGAAGUUUUGACUCAUCAAUUAAAGAAAAUUAAAGGCUGUGUUUUCUGAAUUUGGGUAAAUAUUCAAUUUAAAACUCUUAAGAUGAAUUCUGCAACACUGUAUGCACUGUGUUCCCUUUCGUGUGGCAUUAAGGGAGUGUAAUUUUCCUGAUGUGACGAAACAGGUGCUGAAGGAAAGGAUAGUUGUGAAAAAUGGACAUUGCAGUUCUAGGUAUUCCAAACAUGAUAUUCUAAACACUAAAUGAAAUAUUCUGUGAUGUGUUAGAAACUAAUGUAAAUAUCAUCACUUUUUGACAGUUACAGAGAGUAUUAAUCCUUUGAGCCAUGAAUGUUCUUCAUGAUGUAUACCAGUGUUUUUCUGAGAACAAAAUAGUACUGUACCUCAGAGAGUAAGACAAUGAUAGAUGAGGUAGCACGUGAGCAGAUACAUUCGCUCAAAUACAUACCACACGCACAUCAUUUUAUCUCCAUAUCAUAUUUCAGUAGGGUUUUUUUUCAGAAUCCUUCCUUUGAAAUUGUAGCAUCCAUAAAUCACAAGAUCUCUUGUUGAGAUAAUUAGUUUAAAAAUCAACUUAUACAUUCUCAAAAAUCCACCCAGGAAGUACAUGUACAUGAGUCUAUAUUAUAGAAAUGUCUAGUUUUAAGAGCUUAAUAUUCUAUAUUUGCUCAAACAGUCUUCCAUCAUAGCCUAAACUUUAAUUAACCUUUAUUGUUUACUGAAAAAAUAGGAUUACACUCAAAGGAUUAAUAUGGUACUACCUAAUCAUAAACAAUUUUACUUUUUUAAUUUACUGAAAAUCAUUAUAUUGUACAAAUAUAAAAAAAGAACCUAAGGAAAUGGUUAUUUUUGUGAUUAAAGUUGAAUUACUUGUGUAUAGACACCAAAAAAUGCAUGCUUGCAAAAAUGGUGUAAUUUAAAACAAUAUAUAAGCAUUUUCAGAACCAUAGUUAUAGUUGGGGUUUAAGUGGGGCAUAUGGAGCUCAUGCGAAGUAAAACAGUAAGCCUUUUUAACAAGGCUUGCCAUUAAAAGAUACUCGAUCACUAUUUUAAAAAAGCAUAAGUUAUAAAUGUUUAACAGAUACUAGUAACGGGAUUUACUGAAAAGACAAAGAUGGUUUCUGUAGUUUUAAGUUUUUUUAAUAAAAAGGGUAAGAAGAGCAGUAAAAAUAUUGGGGCAAUUUUAACUGAAGCCUGCUCCAGUGAGUUUUCCUCCUGGUGAGUUAGCUUAUUAUGAUCCCCUUAUAGGUUUUGGGAAGGAAUUCAUGAUGGUGUAAACUUACAAAAAUGGAUAAGGUAGAGAAGUCAUUCACGUGUAUCAAAAAAGGUAAUAUUCAAGAAGUAUGAGGUGGAUGAGUAACUGUGAGAGAUGAUUGAUAGACGAAUGGGUAAGAAAAUGGGGUAUUUUUAAAGUGCAGAUUGAUUCAGAGAUGUUCAGUAAAGACUUUUUGCCAAGAGGACUGUAAUCCCACUUUGACAAUAAACACUGAAGAACUGGAGAGCAGUGUAGAUGCUGGAGUGGCUAUAUUGAUGACUGAGGAACAAUCCCAGUAUUAAAAAGCUGGUAACAAAGCUAUAAAAACUAAUGCUUCAAAAUUCUAAGUAUAUUUGGCACCAUGAAAUGAGUCUCUUUGGUUGUAUGAACUAUGUAAAAUAGAGCAAAAGCAUCAUUGAUCUGUUUAUGGGGUGUUUGCUCAUCAGCCUUGGUCAACUUCAGUGUGAAGGCAACGACUGUUAAAAGUCACAGCAAUCAUCAUCUGGCCAGUUCGCAAAAGCAACAACCCUGUGAAAUAACAGGAAAAACUGCAAUGAUGGAACAGGAAAUGAAACAGAAAGUGUUGAAAAUUCACAGCAAGACAAACCAGUAUUUAAUAGAAAGUUAGUUAACAGAUUAGAGGAGAUCAUCUGGUUAAAGUUACAGAACUUCCCUUCGAAUGUUAACUUUGUUCUUUAUCAGAUGCUGAUGAACCUGAAGUACAUGGAAAGCUUGGAGGGAGAAGUGUUUUACCUGUUGAUAAGAUUGCUUCUGUGAUUUCAAUAAUUCAUUCCUGUAUAUCAAAUCCAACAUUUACAAUAACCCCCAUCUUAUGAAUGAGCACAAUUUAUUGUGUAAUUUGAAAGCUUUGUAUCACUGUAGGUGGCUGAGUUAGGCAAUGCAUUUGGGUUUUUAAUUACUUGCAGUGUAAAGCACUCAAUAAGAAGCAGUGUUCUUUAGCAAAAGAUUAUAUAUCAACUCACACACAGCUACAAUAGAAGCCGUCUUGUGCCAUAUUUUUCUUUUCCCUGAAACAGGUAGUUACAUGAAAAUAUUUAGAAACGAAGAAAAAUCUUUCCAGACAACUUACUAGUUAGAACAUAUGAUGCACAGUUGCAAGAGGAACUGCUUAGUUUUUAUUUAAAGCACUCAUACAAUUACUGAAUGCUCUGACAGCACUGCCAUCUUUGAACAAGGUGAUCUAAUUAUAUUGUAUAAAUUACUUUUGUGAAACAUCAUUCCAAUAUUUUAUGUUCUAUUGUUUGCACUGAAGUGUAAGACAGUGAGUGUUUGAAGUUCUGCAGCUGCUUUCUUAUAGUAUCCAAUGAUUCCUAACUUCUAUUGGCUUGUUUCUGUUAUUUUGGCAUAUAUAAGACAACUACAAGGUUCUGCACAGUUUAAAUAAAAAUGUAUAUGGUCUCUUAAAGAAUAUUGCCUAGGGUUUUGCCAAAGGUUGAAUGAAUGCAUCUUAACUGCAUAGUUGGCAGAGUUAACAAAAUAUAGGUUUUGGUUUAUUGUAUAUAUAAAAAAAUAUAAAAGAAGGUUACAGUGUAACUGUAUGGGUACUAGAACCAGUCCAAUCUGGAAGACAAGAAUGGUUUAUGGAUUUGCAGCCAUUUUAUAAUUUUUUUGUAAUAUUUGUAAAUAUGGACUUUUUAAAAUGCUGAGAUGCUUUUUUGUAAAAUGUUUUCAAAGUUUACAAUUAAUUUCUAAGCCUUUGUAUAUUUUAGAGCUGUGCAACACUUUUAAGUCUUGUAUUUAUUUUUAGUAAAAAUUGUGAAUCUUUCCCUGUGAAUUCUUCCCAAGUACAGUACAUUUGGCCAGUCAAGUCUGGCUGCUUUGACAGUGUGCAUAUAGCCUGACAAUAAAUGUGACUGCAUUUGAUCGUCAGAAAAAGAACCACUUUUCCAUAGUUAAAACUCAUUAUAUUUAUUUUUGUGCAUUCAAAAGCUAAAUAUAUUCUGUAAAUCAGUUACA